AUGUUUCAACGACCGGCUUGCUUACAGGGCCGACGCUCGCGCAAUGGCGCGGGCGAGGACUACUCAGCCUUUCCCAUUCGCCAACUCUUCGUCUUAGCACUCGUCCGGAUCUGUGAGCCAAUUGCUUUCAUGUCAAUUUUCCCAUACGUGUAUCACAUGGUCGAAUCAUUCCAUGUGACGGAUAACGACCGCCAGAUCGCGCUGUACGCCGGCAUGAUCACUUCGUCCUUCACUUUCGCUGAGUUCUCAGCGGGUAUGUUCUGGGGCCGCAUGAGUGAUCGGAUUGGCCGUAAGCCAGUGCUCAUCAUGGGCUUGGUGGGCACGGCCAUCAGUAUGGUGGUAUUUGGAUUCGCGCCCAACCUGGCGACAGCCAUGAUUGCGCGCGCUCUGGGCGGCAUGUUGAACGGCAAUAUCGGAGUUCUCCAGACGACGGUUGCGGAGAUCGUGACGAAGAAAGAGCACCAACCGCGAGCUUAUUCGAUCAUGCCUUUCGUUUGGUGUCUGGGAUCGAUCAUUGGACCGGCUAUGGGCGGCGCUUUGGCCCAACCCUGCGACAACUACCCGGCCCUUUUCUCACGCAGCACGCUGUGGGAUAAGUUCCCGUUCCUGCUGCCCAACCUGGUUUGCAUCACCGUGCUUGUUUGCGGUAUCUUCGUUGGAUUCCUGUUCUUGGAGGAAACCCACCCGGAGAUGAAGCACCGCCGUGACCCCGGAAUCGAGCUGGGCCAGUGGUUGGUUAGCCUCGUCUGGGGCUCACGCGUACAGCUUCCCGAUGAUUCCGUUGACGAGAAGUACUUCGAUGCGCCGCCUCAAUACGAAAGCGCCGAAUCUUCGCCCUGCCUGCGUCCCGUUGACGUCUCUCCGGCUGAUUGCGACUUGGAGGGGCAGAAGAGCCCCGCGCCCAAGGCAUUUACCCGACAAGUCAUCUUUGCUAUUGUUGCUUACGGGAUCCUUGCAUACCACAGCGUAUCAUUCGAUCAGCUGAUGCCUGUUUUCUUGAGCACCCCUCGAUCCGAUGACGACGUGGUGCUACCCCUCAAGUUUACCGGUGGCCUUGGGUUGGCCACGAAAACUAUCGGGUUUAUGCUCGCUGUUCAGGGCGUGUAUUCCAUGAUCGCCCAACUGUGGCUGUUCCCAUUUGUCGUCAAGCACUUUGGCACUCUACGCACCUUCCGCUUCGUCCUGCUCGCCUGGCCCCCUCUCUACCUCGCUGUUCCUUACCUCGUUCUUCUUCCGGCCAAGCUUCAGAUGCUCGCUGCCUACGUGUCCCUGAUCAGCAAGAUUACCUUCCAUGUCAUCGCUUUCCCGGCCACGGCCAUCAUCCUCGCCAACGCUGCCCCAUCUUCCAAGGUCCUGGGCUCUAUCAACGGCGCCGCCGCCUCAACCGCCAGUCUCAGCCGAGCCUUCGGUCCCACUAUCACUGGUUUACUCCACUCGAGGGGUCUCGAGAGCGGAUACUCCGUGAUUGCCUGGUGGGCAUGCGGUCUUGUCUGCCUGAUCGGAGCUAUCCAGAGCUUCUGGAUGGAGGAGUCAUCCGAGCCUGAGCGUUUCAAGACCAGCCAGCCCGACGUCAAUGAAUCCGAGCGAAAGUGUGAAGUCAUUCCGGAGUUCAACCGACAACCCGAGGAGAUGCCCGAGGAAGAGCAGCGCCUCCUCUCCUUGCGCUCUAGCGUGGACCACGACUUCGACAUUUCACAGCUCAAUCUCAAUGCUGAAACACCCCCUCAGUCCGAGAGCCAUGUCCCGCACGAUACCAAGGCCUAA